AUGGUGCACGGCCCUGGCCUCCACGGUCGGGUGCAUCGCGCCGCCGCCGUUGCGACGCAAAACGUGCAUCGGACCGACCACGUCCUGCUUCCGGAGAGGCAGGUAGCCCGCGGCCGGCAGGGCCUGGGCGAGGAAGAAUCCGUAACAGUGGGCGCUGUAACGUUGGCGGGACGGUUCGCAAUGAUGGUACUGGAGGCGUUGCUGCUGGUGCAACUGGGUUAGUUGGCGUUUGAUGAGGCCGUGAUGCUCCGGAUGCUGAUGGUGCAGCACCAGCUGUGGUUCCGGUUGCUGCGGCCACGGACAGGGCUCCGGGAAGGAGACCUGCAGCAGCAUCACUCCUUCGACCCGCAGGUGGACGCGGUGGUCGCUCGCUCAUGGCGGUCCGUGCGGUCGGGUGCGCUGGCUCCUGCUGCUGCUGCUGCUGCUGCUCCUGUUGCUGCCGGCGUUGCUCCGGACGGCCUUGGUUUUGAAAGUGAGCCAGGCUCGGGGUUCCCAGCGUUGCUGGCUUCCACCUGGACUAGCGAGGACAUCGCGGUAGACGAUAACGCACCUGUUGUUGGUGACGCUGGCGAAGGAGGAGCUGCUGACAACACGACCGCGUCGCCUGGCGAUAGCGUAGCUCAUCACUUCGGAGAAAGUGCAAGAGUUGGCGAAGACUCGACCGCGUCGCCUGCAGCUCCAGCUCCUACUGGUCCAGCCCUGUCGGACAGGUCUCCUGGCGCGAUCGACAGGCAGCGGGCCGCGCUAUUCGGCUUACAGUUUCCCAACCUCAAAGACCCGGGCGGGGAAGCGACAUGGACGAAGACCAUCGACAUGGUGAAGGCGGAGGUUGGAGACGGCUUCUGCUUGAAGGCCCACAGGGAAACCCGGGCGAGGCUGGACGUUUAGACCUGCUUGAGGUGGUUUGAUUUACAAGAAUGAACAGGCAGCGGCGGCCGCCGGAAGGCCAAACAGAUGGAACUGCAUCUACAUCCUCUGCGAAAAGUCGGGGAAACCCAACCCCGGCGCACGUAACGCGGAUCCAAGCGCUCGCCGCAAGACAUCCACGGAGAAGGUCUUUAUAAUCGCUACAGCAUUUUUGCGUGAAGUAUUGACCCAAUUAUGAGAAGCGCUCGCAACCAAGGGCACUCCUGUGCAUCGUACCACGGAACUUUCCGUAGCGCGUCAACUGAGGAGUCAACUAAGCAGUCGAGAUGGAUGGGAUGGAUGGCCCUUGCUUCUGGUGUUGGGCGUGUUUCUGUCUUUGGCAAUAGGCCAUGCCACGCACGAACCGUCGUGCGUCGAUUGAACAUGAGCGUACACCACUACACCACCACUGGUUUGUCCAAAUCGCGAAAUCCGAAGAUGAGCCCCUGGCGCUUUGAUUUUCCCUCACCAGUAUGAAUCAUCCCGGAAGGCGAGCGAUGCUUCCAAAAUCCAAACAUUUUGUGUUGUGGUAGGCAGUCCACCUUCAACGUGUGGUCUCCCGCGAGAAAAGCGCCAUGAAGGCAUGUACUUUCCUCGUAUGGUAGCAUGUUUCCUGCACCAGGCCUUCCUCAUUCACCCGCCAAGGCGUGUUUCUGUGUGGAUGUAUGUGUGUGUGUUUUUUUGUGUCUGGAACACAAAAUAGCCAUCGUUGUCGACAAUCACAAAUCUAUUUCUCCCGAACAACACCGCCGUCAUUGCUGAGAUGUUUCCCGUCCCGUGCGAAUCCCAGGCGAACUGCGGUUUUAAGGUGGUGCUGUGGUGGCCUGUAAACGAUGAAAGCCCUAAAAUUUCAGAGGCAAGGGUUUGCCUCUCGCACUUCACUGCGGACUCAAGCGAGAUCGAGCACGAGCGCCCACGAAAGUUCCAGAACCAGCUGAGUUGAGAGCAUGUUGAAGCGCAGUCCCCCCUGAUCACUCAUUUAUACCGCUCCGGUGUGAGGACGACCGAGAUCCACAAGGCUCUUCAGAAACCUGGCUGCAGGCUGGGGUCGGCAGGAAGAGAUGCGGUGCGCGGAAUCAAGAGGAAGACGAAUGAGGAGACCACAGGCUUCAACGACGCCCAGGAGCUUGUGAAGC